CUAAUUUCUCCCCUGAGUCCGUGCUUACGCUAAGACGCGAUAAUUUUCGUCGCGAUAGAUUCGUCGACACUCCGCCGUCGCAAGCCCCGGCCGACACAACCGCACCGCCACUAACGCGACCACUUAGUCAUGUCGAUGAGCACCCUGAUCCGCGCUGCGUCGCGUCUCCCUCGCUCCAGCGUCUCGCCGCUUUGUUGCCGGAGGGCAUUUUACUCCGCAGACAGUAAAGCGCGGUAUUACACGAAGAAACACGAGUGGGUGUCGGUGAGCGACAACAUCGGCACCGUCGGCAUUUCCAGCUAUGCACAGGAUGCGCUGGGCGAGGUGGUGUUCGCACAGCUGCCAGACCCGGGCAAGCAGCUGGCUGCGGGAGACGAGAGCGGCGCGCUCGAGAGCGUCAAGGCAGCCAGCGAGGUGUACACACCCGUCUCCGGGACGGUGACAGAAAAGAACACAGCAGUGGAGUCAACACCAUCACUGAUUAACAAGUCGUGUUACGAGGAGGGCUGGCUGUUUAAGGUGAAGCUGAGCAAGCCCGAGGAGCUGCAGACGCUGAUGGACCAGAGCGCGUACGACUCCUACCUCAAGGAGUCCCACUGACCACCAGACAAUAGACUAUAGAGCGGAGCGCUCUGUGUGUUGAAUAACUCAAUUGCUAGGCCUCAAUUAUGUAUUGGUUAGCUCAACUUCAAAAUGCGGCAGCGGAAUUCGGAAACGGAUAUAUAGAUUAUAAUAAAAUAACUAUUACUAUGUGAGUAGCCACAUGAAACAACGGAUUCAAGAAGUGAGGCACAAUGGUAUUGCAAUUCAUUAUCUCUAGAAGU